CUCGCGCUCGGCGGCAGCGACUUCCGCGACCCCGCGGUGCGCUCCAAGCUCAUCGUUUAUUUGGCGCUCCUGGGGUCCGAGAACCGCGAGGCUGCCAGCCGCUUGCAUCGCCUGCUGCCCCAUGUGGACUCCAUCUUGCAGAGCUGCCGAUCGCUCGGGCCCUUGCGCCCGGGGAGGAAAGGAGGCGAAGAGGAGGAGGCCGCCUUAGCUGGGCCUGAGGCGGCGGCGGCGGAGGGCCUGGGUCUGGUGGCGCAAGAAGAGCUGUUACUCCUGUUCACCAUGGCGUCUCUGCACCCUGCCUUCUCUUUCCAUCAGAGGGUCACACUCAGGGAGCACUUGGAGCGGUUGCGGAGAGCCCUCUGCCGGGAUGAAGACGACGCGGAGGGGUUCACUUGCCAUGGGUCUCGGAACUUUUCCCAUAACUGCAUGCCAACAAGUGAGAGCAGUUUACUUGAACAAAGGGCAGCAGUUCAUGAUAAACUUAUGGGGGCCGCUCACAGAUCACAGCAAGAAGCUGUACACAUUCAGAAAAUAAUGCUGAAGGGAAUACCUAGGAAAAGAUCUGAUAAACAUUUGGAGUAUACUUUCAAAGUAAUCUGGUCUGACCAUUCUGUAUCCUGUGUAACAAAAACACACCAGGAACUACAAGAAUUUCUCUUAAAACUUCCAAAGGAUCUUUCUUCUGAAGCAUUUGACAAGACUAUUUUAGCAGCAUUAAAUCAGGGAUUACAGAAACAAGAAGAAAGGAGACAUUCAGACUUUGAGCCUAUGAUAAGGCAACUUUUUGCAAAUACUUCCCCAGCUUUCCUCCAGAAUCAGAGAGUAAACAACUUCUUUCAGACUCUGUCUUCAGAAGAUUUACAUGCUCAUAAUAACUUCCAGUCUUCCCUGAAGACAUCUAAGAUGCCAGAACACUUCAAGGAGGAUAGUUCAGAAGCUUCAAGCCAGGAAGAAGACAUGAUACAGCACCCAGUGAUUCAUAAGAAACUUAAUGGGAAAUGUCCUGUUGCCAGCACUAUUAAUACAAGAUGUUCUUCACUGGAUGGUUUUGACAUAACACAUUCUGAGUAUAAUGGUGUGGCAGACUGGAGAAGAAAAAGCUGGGCUCUUCAGCAGCACCCAGAGCAUUGUACAAUACUUGAUCAGCAUACAGGGGAGAAAAGGAACUUGCCUGUAAUAAACAAAAAGAAAGGAAAGCAGCAACCUGAAAAAGAUAAAAUAAAGAGAAUUGACUCCAGAUUACCCAUGAGAACUAACUGUGUAAGAGUUGCAGAUGCUCAUCACCUGCACCCAGGAACAGCAAAAGAUUCAAAUUUAGACAUUACAAUUGGAAAUGACACAUGUGGAGAAACCUCUUCAGAGAGUUACAGUUCUCCUUCUAGUCCACGGCAUGAUGGAAGGGAAAGUUUUGAAAGUGAAGAAGAAAAAGACAGAGACACAGACAGCAAUUCUGAAGAUUCUGGGAACCAAAAUGUGAUGAGGUUUACUGAAUAUGGUGCUACGGACCUCAAUAAGGCACCCACACAGAUUUCAGUGACAUCAAACAAUAAAAACACUGUGGAGGACCCUUUGAGUUCACAAUUUCAACACAUUUCAUUUAUGCCUGCCCUGCACUGUGUUGUGCUCAAUAGUGCACAGAAGCCUGAAACAGUAGUGCCACCACCUAUAUCUGCUGAUGGAAAAACUUUGGGAAUGGUAGUUGCAAAUUCAGCUCCUGUUGGAAUGGGAUCUUCUGUUGAAUCUGAGAAACACAUUGAACUUCUGUCUUCCCCUUUGCCAGCCACAUUUUUCCCUUCUACAGUCCAGCCUGGUAGCCCUGCAUUGCAAUUAGCAAUACACAGAAUGAAAAUACCUUCACCACAGGCAUCAUCUGAAAAUUGUGCAGUUAAUGGACCACAACAACAAACUGGAAGCUUAAAUAUUGGAUCACCAAAUACUGCCUUUAUUCCAGUCCACAGCCCAGGUAAUUUUACAGGAUCUACAGUUCCUACUACAGAUCCAGUCUCAAAACCUGUGUCACAUGUGAUGGGCUUAAAUCAAAUGGUGCCUCAUGUUGAUGGAAACACAGGAGUGAUCCCUCAGCCUCCUAACCUAAAAGUAGUUGUUCCUGCAGCUGGACUCUCCACAGCACUUCCACCAGCUCCUUUUACUGUACCAGUAACUCUUCAUGCUACCAGCGUUUUGCCUAAUCAAAGUACAACUGUGCUGAACACUGUGGCAUCAACACCACCAUCUCCAACAACAGGUCUUUGUGUUAGUCAAGUGCAGCCCACUAUCCCUCCUGCAAUACCUACCCACACUCCAGGUCCUGCACCUAGUCCAAGCCCUGCUUUAACACACAGCACUGCACAGAGUGACAGUACAUCCUAUAUUAGUGCUGUUGGGAAUACUAAUGCAAAUGGGACACUCUUGUCCCCACAGCAGUUGGGAUCUGGGCCUUGUGGCUCUUGUGGUCGCCGGUGUAGCUGUGGCACCAAUGGAAAUCUUCAGAUUAACAGUUACUUUUAUCCUAAUCCACUUCAAGGACAAGUCUACAGAGUUUCACCUUUCUUCCAUCUGCCAUUUUGCAAUGGUAGCUACCUCAGCCAAGGACAUCAGACCAAUGGAACACAAAUUCCUUAUUUCUUCUCUCGGGGCCCAUAUUCAAUGCAUGAUCCAGUAAUGGGGAGCCAGAUCAACUAUGGUAUGCAGCAAAUGGCAGGAUAUCGGGGGUUUUAUCCUGUGUAUCAAGCUUCAAAUGUAGUUGCCAAUUCUAAUGGAUCAGGUCCCAAGAAGAAUGGGAAUGUGUCCUGUUAUAAUUGUGGUGUUAGUGGGCACUAUGCACAGGAUUGUAAGCAGUCAUCUAUGGAGGCCAGUCAACAAGGCACUUACAGAUUGAGAUAUGCACCUCCCCCACCCCCUUCUAAUGAUACGUUGGAUUCUGCUGACUGAAACCAAGUAAACAUUGCCUACAUACCAAAAUGAAGUUUGAGAAAUCUGGGAAAUUCUUUGGAUUUGAGAGAUUCUUUGUGUGUGUUUACGUUCUGUUGCAUUUUUUUCAUUGCUUGUGAACAUCUGUUCUAAUAGAAAAGAAGAAAGCAAUUUUGCUCCUGGUCUGACUUGCAUAAAGCAUGUUGCUAUCUCCGCCAGUCAUUCAUUUGAAUUAAUUGACUUUUGCACUGAAGACUUGAGAGAUGCAAUGUUUACUGCAUUUUUUAAAAGGUCAUUUAAUCUCCAACUACACUGGUGAACAGCCAUAUGGUUAAAAGGAGAAACUGGGUUAUGCUCCCGUCAUGUUUCCCUUCCCUUCUUUUGUCUUAAUGCUGCUAUUCUUCUCUCCCACUCUUUGCUGAGUGUACCUGUCCAUGGGACUGGGUAGAUAAUCAGCUCGUUAAUUCUAGUAAAUCCUACAUUUGUGAAUUGAUGGGGGUAUUGCUUGCUCUUGAGAGAUGACCAUUCACAAUAUAUUUAUGUAUACACACACAUACAGUUCUUAUGUGCCUGAAUGCUAAAAUUGGAUGAGGAGGAUUUAAAAUGAUAUGAACUUUAAAAUUUCUGAAAUAGAAAUACAUUGAACAAUUUCAGUUCUGUCUGCAGUUCUUUUUAAAACCCGUUAGAUUCAGAGUAAAAAAUUAAAAUGAAUGCCUUAGCUUAUGUCUGCAUUUGUAAUGGAAAUUGGCAGCAGGUACCUUUAUUAAACAUUCAACCUUGUCAAUGUAAAAGACACACAAACAGUUUUUAACAUUACCCCCUUGAAGUUACUACAGUGUUGUGCUUAGAAUGUAAAUGGUAUAGCAUUUUGGACAAAAACCUGCGUGUAUUCUAAAAAUCUGUUGAAUAUUUGUAUACUAGAAAAAGUCUACCAAAUAGCGAUGUCACUUUCUUAUGACAAUUUACCACUGUGUGAUCACAAUAUAAUGUGAAAAAUUCCAAUGAGUGUGAAAAUUGAUCAUGUUAGUGUCAUAUUGCUAAGUUUAUUGCUGCUGUAUUUUGUUUCUCAAAGCCAACUUGUACUAAAUUGCACUGAGUUUAUCUGGAAGAAAACUUUUGACUGUUGAAAUCAACACUGAACUACCACCAUAUGUGUAUCCCCAUGUAUCACAAUUCAUUAAAAUGUAGAUUUUACUUUUUUAAAUUAGAUAUGCAGCAGAUGGAUACCAGUCAGAACAUUUUGAUUCAUUCUAAUUGCUAAACAAACUUGAAGAAACUUGAUUUAUUACAUUUAUUCAUAGAUAGCAUUUAUAUUUAUAGCACCAAUAUAUUUUGAAAGUAAGGGAUAAAGGGAUAGAAGAGAGCUUUAAUUUAAAAGAAAUUAGUAUAGGAAAUUAUUUUGGUUAAAAAUUAUUUGCGCUGGGUAUGUUGGACCAUAUUUAAAUAAAAUAACUGCUUCUGAGUUCAAUAAAGGUGUAAAGCACCAGAAGACUUGCAUUCUCAAUUAUCUGCCAGUUUACUUUAUGGAACUUAUUUUGUGAUUUAAGAUACUGUACUGUAAAUAGGAAGUAUGUUACCUUCCUCUUUAUUUGUAUGUUUACCAUAUACUUUGAUAUUUGAAAUGUUAUGUACUGGAAAGGUCACUUAUAUUUCUAGAACAGAUUGGAUUUUAUGCAGCAUUUUUCCUUGAAUUAACAGCAAUAAAAACAGAAAAAA